AACACAAAACCCUCUGCUCCCACUGUCUCACCCUUCUCCGGACCUCGCCUCACCUCCCCGCUCCGGCAAACCUAGGGUUUCCGCGUCACUGCUGCUCACCAGCCAUGGCGAGCGGCGGUGCCAUCGCCUCCGCCUCCGGAGGCACCCACCCCUCCACCUCCGGUGGCGCUGGCGCCAAGACUGUGGCCACCUCGCUUUGGUGGGACCCCUUCGUCGACCUCUCCGACGACCUCGACCGCGCCGCUGCCUCUCCCUCGACCCCUAUUUCGGAUGCCCUCGCGGAGCGGAUCAAGGACCACCAUGCGUGGUUCCGCGGUGCGGUAUCCAUGUUUGCGAAGCCAAACGAGGCGUCGAGGAGGGCACUGGAUGCCGGCCAAGUUGCUAUUGGGACGCACUGCCUCGCAGUCAAGCCCGACCUCAAGAAGGCUGCGCUUCGCAUGAGCAAGUGCCUGAACUUGGAUGAGGUGCAGUCAUACAUUCUGGUUAAAAGAUCUUUGGAAAGCACUCCGAUGACCCAUGAUGCUGAUGCCGAAGAGCUUCUUCGUCUGGUAUCUCUACAGUAUUAUCUUGAGCGCCAAUGCUUGCUGAAGUGCAUUCGAAGAAUCUUUGUUCAUGCCACAUGUACAGAUGGUGGUUCCGAUUCGACUGACGCCAUUAAAGAAGAGGCCUCAUUAUUGAUUAGUGAAGAUAUUGAACGGAGAUUACUAUCCAUCACUGAAGAUUCCCUUGCAGCUGCAUUUUCUGUAAAAGGAGCAGCUGAUUUGACGGUUUCUUGGCUGGAAGAAAGUUUGAUUGAAAUUAACUUGAUUCUGGACAUUGUGUUUCUUGCUAUCUAUGAUAACUUUUCAAGGUGCAACACUGGACUGUGGAUAACUUUGUGCUCAAUCUUUAAGGAUAUGAUCUCUGGCUCUUAUGAUGUUGCGAAAUUUGCUGUAUCUGUUGAAGCAAAAAAAUCAUUUCAUCAUGCUAAAGCUCAGCUACUUUUUGUUCUCAUUGAAAGUUUGGACUUUGAAAAUCUCCUCCGGAUGGUUCAUGAUGAAGUCUCUUUCAGUGGAGGGUAUUCCACAUAUUCUGUUGUUGAUAUUCUUGAGAUGGACAUUGAAGUAUCAAAAUUACCUGAAUUUGCUGUGGAAUCAGGACCACUUAUUCUCGCUUGGGCAGUUUUUCUCUGCUUGGUUCUGUCUCUUCCAGGAAGCAAUACCAACUUGGAAAUUGAUCAUGCAUCUUAUGCCCAACGGGCCUUUGAGCUUGCACCGUUCAAUUAUUUACUUGGAGUUCUUUGCUCCAGCAUCUUCAGGGAGUCAGAUGGUCCUGUUUCUGGUUUUCGUGGUGUAUUGAGAACUUUCAUUUCAGCAUUCAUUGCUUCAUAUGAGAUCUCUUAUCAGUGUUCCUUGUUAUUUUUUUCUGUGCAGACAGAAGAUAGUUCUCUUGAAAUGAUAUUGAAUAUUUUAUGUCAAAUCUAUGGCGGAGAGGAAUCACUCUGUAUGCAAUUCUGGGACAAAGAUAGUUUUGUUGAUGGUCCAAUCAGAUCUGUUCUUCAUAUGGUAGAGAAGGAAUAUCCUUUCCAAAUAUCAGAUCUGCUUCGCUUCUUAUCAGCUGUUUGUCACGGGACUUGGCCUGCUCAAUGUGUGUACAAUUACCUAGAAAGGAUUAAUGGAGUGACGACAUUGUAUGCUAUCCCUAGUGGUGUUCCUGACAGUGUGAAGUACUGUGAUCAAAUUGAAAUUCAUCAUCCAAUGAAUAUUCCUGGUAUGGAAGGAAUUAUAUUACCCUGUGGAACCCAUGGUUACAUUUUGAGAGUUCUUCAAGAUGAUGUUGCAUUAGUUCGCUGGGAGUUCCCACAUUCAGGUGUUUUCAUUUUGCUUGUAACUUUGGCACAAGAUCUCUAUUCCUGCAAUUAUGUGGAAGCCUGCGAUAUAAUGGACUUGCUGUAUCAGAUGGUAUUGUCAAACAAGGAUUUAUGCUGUGCUUUAGUUCAUGCUGACAAAUCGCUGGUUGUUGAAAAAUCAAAGAAUUUGGGGCAUAUUGGAGAACAUGUCAGGAUUGAUGUUAUUAAGAUAUUAUGCACAUCAAUUUUGAAAUAUGUGCAAGAUGGUAACAAUGCUACCAUAAUGGCAAAAACCUUUCGUUUGUUAACUGAAUUCCUGAAGUGUGUUCCAUGCCGCAUGUUUGAUAUGGGGUUGGAGUGCGGCAUCUUCACUUCACAAUUAAAUGGUUCAUCAAGUGAUUGGUUACUUUCUGGUGCACUAGCUAGAAUGCUUUUUGCUGCUUCUGAGGAAAAUGGAGACUGUUCUUCACUUACAACUUCAUUGCUUGAUUUUGCCAUUCAGGUUUUGCGGAAUGGAGCUGCUGCUGACGAUAUGAUAUCACCGUUCAUUGUCUUUUCAAUUCAAUACAUCAUGGUUAAUCAUAUGAGCUGGAAAUACAGGAAGUCUAGCCGCUGGAGGACCACCCUGAAGGUGUUUGAAUUGGUGAAAAGAUGUAUUCAACUAAAAUCAUUCUCAUCAAAGCUUGGUGGCAUCGUUUGGCAAAUACUACUUUAUGAUUCUUCUAUCCACAGUAUUCUUUGGCACAUCCUCUCUAUGUCAACACAAUUACUGGAGCACUCGCACGGAAGCUAUCAUAAUUGUCAUGAGGAUAUUGAAGAUAUACAGCUUGUUCUUUGCUGUGGAUUUGAUAUUAUAUUUUUCAUGCUGUCCAACUUACCAGAGGUACACCAUGGGUUGAUGCCGGUUCCACCUUUUGUUACUAUGGUUUUGUCAUCUUCAUUGAAGCCAUUUCCUUUCGUCGCAGCUGCAAUAUCAUCGAUGUCCUUUCAGAAUUCAGCUAUACAAGUUGCUGCAGCGAGAGCAUUUUCAAUAUUGUGCUUCACUGCUCAUAGUGCCCAAGCUCAACUCAUGGAAAAUUGUAGCUUCAUUAUUGAUGGUUCUGAGAUUUGGAGACUGCAAGCAAGUAUUUCCCACAUUCUUGAAAAGGAAGAGAGUAUUAAUAAUUAUUUAAUUGUGGGUGUAUUCAACCUUUUGACUUCUAUUGCUCGCUAUCAGCCUGCUCUAUUUGUUUCCCUGACAGAGCAGAAUACAAGGGUUGAGGCUGAUCGUAGUAUUUCUACAAAUUCUCAGAUCAAUAUUUUUUCUCCUCCCAUCAUUUCAAGAAGUAAUGGCGAUCUUGUUGAGAAAACAUUAGGUUAUAUUGCAAAGUCCACUGACUUACUCGAUAGAUCUCCGUCUUUGUUACUUAGUGUUCUCAACCUACUUGAGGCAUUAUGGGAAAGUGGGGUGCAAUUCACAUGCAUAUUAGAUAAGCUGAGAAGUUCUAUAGCAUUUUGGGAGAACUUGUCACAGUGUAUCCGUGCUUCCUUAGAUCAUUGUCCUGUUGAGAGUGUUGAUGAGAAAUUUUCUUUGAGGUAUAAUUGCCAGCGUAAAAUUUUGGAGAUCAUGUCCCAUGAGUUGUUCUUGAAAGGAAAAUUGGUUUUAGAGGAAAAACCCUCUAAUCCUAUCCUGGUUGGUACGAAGGAGCGAGCGGAACCUUCCAGCAAAUCUUGUCCAAGCAACGUAGUGCUUAAAUGGUUUGACAGUGCUCUUGUGGAAGAUUUCGUCAAUAAUUUGUCAUGCAACGGAUAUCAGAAGGAACUUCUUCAUGAUGCAAAGGUAGCAUCCUGCAUUUGCAUCAUUCGUUUAAUAAUGAAUUUGUCCAGUGGUGAUACUGGCAGCUUGUCUUUCUCGGCGGUGAAGAAGGUUCAGCUUAUCUCUAGCAAAUUGUUACAACACCGUGCAUUCUUGGCUCUGCUGUCCCAAUAUGCCUUGCAUGGCUACAGUGAUGAACAAGAACUUACCAAAUUGGUAAUCAGUGAUCUGUACUAUCAUAUACAUGGAGAACUUGAAGGUCGUCCGAUUACUCCUGGUCCCUUUCAGGAGCUUUUGUGUUUCCUUCUCGAGCUUCGGUUUUUUGAACGCAAUCCUUCGGAGCAACCACGUAACACCUUCCAAACAGCCAAUGGAAAUUUUUUGUUUGACGUUGCACGCAUGCGUGAUGAGCUUGGAGUAGAUCUUUGGAGUCAUUCAGACUGGAAACCGUGCAAAGUAGUAGCUGAUAAAAUGCUGGAUAUCAUGCAUAAAGCAAAUCUGAUGAAGUCCCAUGCUGAUGCAAAGCUUUGUACAUUGAGGUCCUUCAUAACAUUUCUAUCUGUCUACAUUGGAACAAGUACCAAUAAUAAGCUUGACUUACCUGAUGGAGGGAUUUCCGCAACUACUACACGAUCAGCAAUUAGAUAUGCGUGCAAAUCUUUCCAGUCAACUGUUGAUCUGCUAUUUCCUGAAGUUGAUACAAACGAGGUUUUGUUUCCUCUCUUGUCCGGGCAAGUGGAAUUAUUGCUUACCCUUACCAGGAUCUUAUUUCAUCAAGCUAAGCAAACCAAGAGCUUUCGUGAUCUGCAUUCAGUUAUUGUAAUUCUUAUGAAAACCGCAGGUGCUAGCAUUUCAUUUUUGGUUGAUCUCAUGCCAGCCAGUGCUGCUCUUAAGAAACCAGUGAAGGCCCUCCUAGUUCUGCUUUUGUCAUUAUUUGAAUUCAUUUAUGUUGAGGAUGACAUGAAGGAUGAAUCAGGUGAUGUUAAUCUGUUUGGUGAGUCAUCCCUUAUAAGUACAAAGUUGUUGCCUGUACUCUGCAAAUUGGCUGAGAAUAAGGAAUAUUCUGAGCUUGCUAUUGGAUCAAUGGACUUAAUAUUGAAGGGCGUUCUACCUCCUCAUGUAUGGGUGCCUAUUCUACAGAAGCAUUUCUGUCUCCAGGCAAUACUGCAUAAAUGUCAGAAUGGAGUGAUACUGUCUACUCAAGUAAUAUUGAAUUUUCUCUUGACCUUGGGGCGAACAAAGGAUGGUGCUAAAAUUCUUCAGUCUGCAAAUAUUUUUGCUUUCUUGAAGGUACUUCUGAGUCAGUUGUCUUUGGAUGACUCUUGUUAUAGAAACUCUUUGAGCACCCAAGCAAAGGAUGUGAACCUCUGGGGUUUGGGUCUUGCUAUAGUUGCCUCUCUCAACCAUUGUAUGGAUGAUGAUAUUUCUCGGAACAGUGUUGCGAACAGUACUAUCAACUUCCUCUCAGGACAGGUGCCAUUGAUGUCAUCCUAUCUAUCUGCCCAAAGUGUUAACACUCAUCAAAACAAGAAAAGAGCGCCAUUGCAACAGCCACAGACAUCACUUUCAGCUCUCAGUCUAACUGAGAAUAUCCUCACACUUCUCUGUAUUUUAGCAAAAUAUCAUUUUCCACGGGACACAAGUAUGAUGGAAGUAGAUUCUGAAUUAAGAGAGAUUAUCAUCCACCUUCUUGCAUUUAUAAGCAGAGGAACUGCAAGGACUGGUGAUUCUCCAAACUGGAACCCAUCAUUUUUUUGCCCUCCUACCGGUAAAGAAGAACUGUUGCUUCAUGAAGAUCCACCACUCAUCAGGAGCAAAUACGGAUGGUUCAAAUUUGCUGCAAGUAGUGCUUUGUCAACGGCAGUAGUGUCUGCUCCUUCGAACACAUCAUUAUCUUUAGUGAUCAGAGACAAAAGCGCUGGAGAUUCUGAUUCUGUGAAACAGACUCGUUUUACCGAGAUGAUGGCUGUACAAGUCUACAGAAUUGCUUUUCUUAUUAUGAAAUUCCUGUGCAGUCAAGCAAAAGAGGCAGUAAAACGAGCAGAAGAGCUAGAGUUUCUUGACCUUGCACAUUUUCCUGAACUUCCCAUGCCAGAUAUUCUUCAUGGUCUGCAGGAUCAAGUGGUCUCCAUUGUUACUGAAGUACUGCAGGCAAAUGGAUCGAGCAGUCUCGGCUGUGAGACAGAUAGGUUAUGCCAUUUUCUGUUGGUGAUUCUUGAAACAUCACUUUACAUGGAACUGUGCGUAUCCCAGUCAUGUGGCAUCAGGCCAGUACUGGGUCGGUUUGAAGAUUUUUCCAAGGGAAUCAAGGCUAUGCUUCACGCUUUAGAGAAGCAUUCCAAUUUUAAACCGUUGGUUAGGUCACUUACUCAAAUUGCCACAUUAUUGUAUCCCGGUCUUUCUCAGAGUAGCAUUAUCAUGUAAGUUUUGUAAACUUGUAGUAUCUUUUUUCUAAGAAAUCACUUUGGUAACUUUCACAGAUCGAAUUGAUUAGUCAGUUAAGUCCUGUCAAAAUUGGUCCCAUGAUAUUUUGUGAAUGUAUGGACCAAGGUCAGUACUUUACUCAAAACUUCUAAGGCCAGUAGCAGCUCGGAUCGUAGCCUUAUUCGUUAGACCAUUUUCAGUUGAUUUUGGGUACUUCAAGUAGAAAUGGAUAGGGGAAGAGUGUAUUCUAGCAAUUAUAUUCACUGGAACAUCAAACGGUUUUAUCAUAAACCAUUGUUGUACUGAGAAAAUUAGGUGUAUAACAUUGUUCAGUUACUAGAUACUCCCUCCGUCCCACAUUGACUUAA